AAGCGGUUGAUAUACGACGACUCAAAACCUCCUCUUCGACUCCGAACUAACCGAACGAUUCUUCAUCUCUCAUCUGCUCCGGCGAACGCUCUCUCUCCAGCUGCCGAACGUCGUGAAACAGCUGGAGCAACAAGUAGUGGCUUUUUCAUACGCUCUUUCUGAUUUAAAUUUCCAGUUUUGUUUUUUCAGACGAAGCUGAUCCUCUGGUUAUCCAGUCACAAUUCUAACCCUAAUGGGAAAUUGUUCAGGAAAGGAAGGAAAAGAUGCUGAUCUUCAAGAUGAGAUAGACUUCAGUGGUGGAAACGUGCAUGUAAUAACAAGCAAAGACAACUGGGACCAAAAGAUUUCUGAAGCAAAAAAGGAUGGAAAGAUAGUCGUAGCAAAUUUUAGCGCUACAUGGUGUGGCCCAUGCAGAGUGAUGGCACCAGUUUAUACAGAGCUGUCGGAGAAGUAUCCAGCAUUGAUGUUUUUGACAAUAGAUGUCGAUGAGUUAUCGGAGUUAAGCUCAUCAUGGGACAUCCGUGCAACUCCGACUUUCUUUUUCUUUAGAGGUGGGCAACAAGUGGAUAAAAUAAUCGGUGCCAACAGAACUGAGCUGGAGAAGAAGAUAGUCACUUUUGCCGAACCCUCAACUCAAUGAUCCAAGACUCAAAUCGACGCUGAGAAAGCCUAUGAAUCCUCACACUCUUCGUCUUUAUAUCUUUGUUAUAUGCCUUUGAUCUCCUUGUUCAAAUUAUACCGAACCGAUUCUCGUAAAACUCUUUCAUUGUUUGUGUGUGAUACAUGUAUUGAAUCUAGUAAGUGGAAAUUUUUGUGUUUACUGAUUCAGUUACUAGCCCAUCA